CCCCAGCUCCCUCCCAUCCCUUCCUCUAUAUGGUGUUUGCUCUAACUUUAAACAGGAGCCUUAUCAGCUUGUGCAGGACGUUUGACUGUGAGCCAUAACACAGUACAUGGAGAGACGAUGGGGCUGUGGAUGCUGCUGUUGCUUCUGCAUUUUCACCUUGUGUUGUGUGUUUUCCUUCCUGCACCUUUCAACAUUUCCAUCUCAUCCUUCAACAUGGAGCACACACUGAGAUUCCUGCCAGGCCCCCAAACCCCCUCUGACGCCACAUUCACUGUUCAAGUCCUCCGCUCCAGGAAGAACUCGUGGAGACCAGUGGCUGCUUGUUUGGAGCUGAAGGCGGGACAGACGUGUAACCUAACCAAAGCAUUCAAGGACCCGUUCGAUCACUACAGAGCCCGUGUCCAGGCCGUCACACCCAGCCAGACAUCCAACUGGACUGUGUCAGGACGCUUUCAGCCUGUGUCAGACACUGUGUUGGGCCCCCCUGAUUUGUCGGUGUCUGGCUGUGGGAACUGUUUGGUCCUGCAGCUCAGACUCCCUGCAGCUCCAGUGCUCAGAGAGAACCUGCAGCUGAGGGAGCUCUACAGAGAAUUUGUUUUCCAUGUGCAAAGAACCAGGGAUGGAACACAGUUCACACUGAAUCUACCUUACGAAGAGGAGACUGUGAUUACGUACCUGCAGCCAGGUGUGGAGUACUGUGUGACUGUCUCUGUCACAUCAAUCUUUAACUCCAAUACUGUCCCGAGUAAACCUCAGUGUGCUUUCACCAGCCCUCCUUCACAAAGAAGCUCAUUGUCUGUGGUCUUCAGCCUGGUGGGUGUGUUCUCUGUGCUGGUGUUCCUCCUCAUGGGGCUGGUUCUCUACGGCAGUCAGCUGAGCUUCAAAUUACUAAGACAGCGCAUACCCAGAACUCUGCCCCAGAGGUUGCUACUUCCUCAUGUCCCUUCUGCAAAUAUGGAGACUCCAAAUAUGGGAUUUACAACCACUGCUGAAACCAGCCACCAGGGGGCAAUCAAGAUACUCUGACUUUAUUUCUGGAGAGCUGUCAUGUUAUUUUGUGGUUACCAUGUUGACUGAUGAUAUCAAUGUCAAUACAGGUUCACAUUUGUACCUUCUCAAAUCAGCAUUUAAAAUGUGUAAUUACAGAGAUAGAAGACAACCAAAUUUAAUGAUGCAGGCCAGUCCACAAGGCAACUAUGCUACAAUAGCAGCAGUGUCAAUGCUCAACAAUAUGCAUGAGAUACAUCGAUAAGCAUCUAUAGAAUGGAGUUGUCCUAGUGGAACAGAAAAUAGCAUUGUGAGUGCUCACAAGGGAGUAUCAUCAAGGCUUUACCUUACAGUUUAACCAUCAGUUCUAUGAGACUGUAUUUGAUAAAUAAAUAGCAAAUAACAGCCUCGCAAUGAGAAUACUAACAUGCUGAAGUUUAGAUUUAAUGUUGACCGUACUCUAUUUUUGCUUCGUGUGUUAAUGGAAUGGAUGUGUAGUACUAAUUUCAUUGUAAGCCAUCCAAGGAUUUCACUGAAAAACCCCAAAUGUCAGCAUUACGAUGGUACUCAUGGAAAAAUCAGAUACCAAAGUCAAUAGGAUUUAUCCUCUGGUCACCAAUAAUGACACAAUUUCACAGCAUCCAGUAGCUGCUGAGAUAUGCCAGUCUGGAGGACAGUAGUGGACCAGUGGGCCUAAAGCCAUUCUAGCACUGCUAAAAUGUGAAAAAUCUUGUAGUUCCAACUUCUCUGAUGUAAGUAUUUACUUUGCCGUUUAACACAGUAAAUUGAGUGGGUUUUGCACUGUAGAAAGGCCCCAAAGUUAUGGGCAUAUUAAGGUUAUAGUAUACGUUGAAGUGCUCCCCUCAGGCCCUCUGGCCCAUCGGAAAAGUGGUCAAGACUCAUCAUAGCCCUGAUGGACACAUUAGGUCAGCUGACGUCAAGAUUAAGGAGAGAACCUACAUGUGACCAGUCACUAGGUUAGUGGUCCUUCCUGCGCUGCCUUCUAAGGAGGAAGAGAACAGUUUUACACCUGUACCAGCAGCUCAACCAUAGAACUUUGUGACCUUUAUUAAUGCACAGAUGUAACAUAUACAUUUGAGGGCGGCUGUAGAAAAGGCCCCAAAGUUAUGGGUAUAUUCAGGUUAUAGUGCUGUUGAACUGCCUAGUCCCUAAAUUGUUGUUACUGAAGCCGUGUUGUGUAGAUAAGUGAAAUAUGUUUAAAGUAGAAUAUCCGGAAUCAUUUGUAAACACUGUUUGACUUCCGUGCGCCCAACCCGCUUCUGUUCCAGUUGCACAGCUGUUGUUGUCCUGUAUAGUUUCAAACACAGAAAAAGCUGUGAUCCACAGUUUCUGAGGUGAUUGUGGCCUUCUUGAAUUCAAUUUAAAUACAUUGCGAUGAGGUGUAGAUAAAACAAUGACCACCAGUAAUAAAAGGGAUUCAACUGA